AUGAAAGUUUUUCCAGUUCUUCUUCUAGGCACCCUGUCUCUUCUAGAUCCAGUAACCGCUUCUUCUAAACUAGACCAAGAUGAUGUAGUUCGAAGGUAUACUAAUGGAACCUCAUCGUCGCAUACAACUUCUUCUACCAUAUUAUCAAAAGGGUCUCCGACCGCCACACUCAUUUCAUCUAGUAUAUUGUCUAUCUCUUGUACGGCAACAGUUACCUCAACAAGCGGCCAGCCCUUACUAGCUGCAAGAGAAGCUUGUCCUACCACUGUCACUAUCGUUCAUACACCCACAUCGAUUCCAUCUACUAAUAAAGCUGUCCUUGAGGAAUCUGCUUCUGAAAAGGCUACCAUUAAAACCUCGGCCGAGUCAUCCGUAUUGAAAGAAUCGGUACACACUAUAACCUCCAAUACAGAUCUUAAGUCGAGUCCUACUAGUUCCCACCCAGCCUCCUUAUCAUUGCAGUCUUCGAAAACUUCCGUUGAAGUUUCCGAUAAAUCUUCAAAUACUGCUAUCGCUUCUAGUCCUAUCACCUCAAAGUCAACUGAGCCAAUAAGUUUAGUGACAUCAGAAACACUUGGUAAUCCAACCCAGUCCUCAAGUAUCUCUACCACACCCACUGCGUUGCAUUCAAGUGUUGUGGGUGAAUCUUCAUUAUCAAAGAUAUCUGAGUUAUCUUCGAAACCACUUUCUUCGACGACUUUAUCUAGUGGCACGAUAACAACACAAGCCUUCACACUGACAGUACCGUCAGCUGAAUCGACAAAAUUCCUUGCAUCUUCAGAAACUAUCAGCUCAUCCGUCUCGUCAACGCAUACUGAUAUAUCAAAGUCUGAGCCUUCAAUUAUUUCUAGUACUUCCAAGUCUACCGAUUCCUUAUCCUCAAAUCUGAUUUCUACUACCAAGAGCGAGUCUAUCGCAUCCAGGACUUCUAAUUCUGCUUCAUCUACGACUGUGUUCUCGAUAUCCUCUUCUAGAACAAUAGUCUCCCAGCCAACUGUUCCAGCUUCUACUGUUCCAAAUUCAAAAUCUAGCUCUGAUGCUAAUUUGGUAUCUUCAGGUGGAUCAUCAGGGACAUUGACGUCAAAAACAUCCGAAUCUUCUCUUCCUUUGACACAUGAGUCCAAGUCUGACGCUAGCUUGACCCAACCUUCAAAAACUUCUACCUCUAGCUCUCUUUCGAGAGCUUCUGAGACUUCUGACCAAUCGACACGUGAGUCAAAAUCGGAGAUUGGAUCGGAGCCUUCAAAGGUAUCGUCAAACAUCUUGACGUCCAAGACACCUGGGCCUCCCUCUGGUCAAACAACACCCGAAAUCAAAUCGGAAUUCAGUUUAACAUCUUCUGCGCAAGUACCUACUACGACUGUAGUCUCGACCUCUGAAACAUCUGGAUCAUCCAUUCAGACAAUACGUGAGAGCAAAUCGGAGUCAAGCCUAUUCCUCUCCGUAAAUUCAUCAGUUUUCUCAACUUCUACAAGUUCAAAAACGUCUCCUGCUCGAAUAACGCAAGAAAGCAAAUCAGAAAUAAGCAGAUCGGCCUCGUCAGCUUCAUCAGUUCUAGGCCUCUCAACCUCGAAAGCGUCUGGGGUACAGACUCAAACUCAAAAUCAAUCGACUGAAGAAUUGAAAUCCACUACUGUAGCUCGACAAACCGUAGUGUCUUCAAAGACUAAAACUCAGACUUCUCCUACUCAAACCACUCAAGAGUCAUCUUCGGGAAAGCAGUCGAGUACUCACAGCCCAAUUCCCGACGCUACGACAUCUCACAGCUCGAGUGUACAAUCACUCUCUUCGUCUACAAUUAAACAGUCACAGACUACAUCUCAUAGCUCGAGUGUACAAGGACAAAAUUCUUCUGUAAUCAAGCAAUCAGAUACUACAUCUCAUAGCUCGGGUUCACAAGGACAAAGUAGUACAUCAGAAACAAAAAUUACGAGCAAAACUACCGAGACUUUUAUUACAGAAAAACCGGGAACUACUUCUCAAAGUACAAAGCUUGCAAGUACCAGCGAGAAAUUGAGCACCUCUACACGAGUACUUGAAACUGCUACAACAAGUGUCAAAUCAUCAGUCAGUGAAACUCCAAAGCAUAGCAGUUCAGUAGAGGGAGUAUUUACAUCGAUUAAGACCUCGGAAGUUCAUUCAAGUAGCACUGCCUCCUCCAAUCGCUCAGAAAAGACUGAGACUACAAAAACAACUGAAGGAGCUUCUCAUAUAUCCUCUUCAUUACCCAGUAAGACUGCCGGUGAUACUUCUUCUACUACAAGUGAAAACCCCAAGGCCUCGAACUCGUCUCUCGCGUCUAUCAAAUCGUUAUCUGAUAAGCAAUCGACGACUUCUGAUACAACAAAGCUUUCAACUUCAGACAUUACUUCGAAGACAGGGACGGCAAAAGAAGUAACAGAACCUACUACAUUGCCUACAAGUAAGGUUCAGACUUCAAGCCAAAAUACUAAAUCAGAAUCAUCGAAGUCACAUUCCUCAAAGACAUCUGCGUCGACACAAGGAGAAUCAAGCACGAAAACCACAUCCACUCAAACUUCUGUCUCUAAGCCAUCAUCAACAGAAAUGAAUACGAGUGUUAUUUCAGGUUGUACGGCAACCCUCUCGGUUGCCGGUCAAGUCUUACAAGUAUGCCCACAUACUAUCACCCUUGAUUCAUUCUUUUCCACUUCGAAAACACCAGGUUCUGUUUCACCUACUAGUAUCAUAGUCUCGACGAGUGUUUCUGCUACUUCAAAAUUGGCUGAAACCACUAGUAAGAUAUCUGAUAGUACUUCUGCCACUUCCAACCCAGCUACUUCCAACCCAAUUACUUCCAGUCCAAUUACUUCCAGUCCAAUUACUUCCAGUCCAAUUACUUCCAGUCCAAUUACUUCCAGUCCAAUUACUUCCAGUCCAAUUACUUCCAGUCCAAUUACUUCCAGUCCAAUUACUUCCAAUCCAGUCAGCAAAUCGCCAGAUGCGCCUACCUCUGUUUCUCAAACCAGUGUACAAACAACCAACCCGAUUAGCAAGUCUCCAGAUACAUCUCCAUCGGUUCCUGCAGCCAGUAACCCAACAAACCCUGUGUCUGUCUCAGAGACUAAGCCGGCUGAUACUACAAGCAAUAUACCACCAUCAGGUUCUACAGUUCCUGGAUUCAUUGCAGUUCCUAUCACUUCUAAUCCAGCUACGAGCAAAUCACCUGACGCCCCUACUUCAAAUCCGGCAACCACUAGAUUGCCCGGUCCUCUUACCUCGAUCUCAGCAAGUAGUACACCGGUCGUACCAGCUGCGACGAAUUCAUCUGACUCUCCUACUACUAAUGUAGGAACCACCAAGUUACCUGAUGCAGCCACUUCAAAUCCAACAACCACAAAGUUACCCGAUUCGCUAGUUUCACCUACGAGUAGUCCUGUGACUUCAAACACUAGUAAUGGCGGAGGAGAUGCUUCAAAUAUUGCCCCAAUAACAUCGCCGACUACUAAAGCUCAGACUGAAACUGUCAAAGCUAUCUCAACUCCACAAGCAACUUCAAAUCCCGUGUCUGUACCCGAAACGAAAUCAACUGAUACUGCGACCAAUGUUGCACCAACAGGAUCAACAGUCUCUCCAUCAAUUGCAUCACCGCUUGUAUCUAAUUCGGUUGGAACAACGAGCAGUGUACCGCUACCAGUUACAACAAGCAAUGUAUCACCACCGGUAACAACAAAUCCAGUAUCUAUUCCGGGAACUAAACCAGCUGAUAAUACUACAAACACAUCAUCCCCACUAGUAUCUACAGUUCCUGGAUCGACGGCAACUCCAUCUGUUUCUACAAACCCUGUAUCUGUUCCUGGAACAAAGCCAGCAGAUACAGCUCCAAUAAGCAAUCCAACUAAUACUGCAACUGGAAGUCUUGCAUCUCCACCUUCAUCUACUGGAACUACUGGAACUACUACUCCUGCUAUUGGAAUCCCAGUUGGACUACCUAGUGACAAAAGUACAGCCCUCUCAACCACUGGAACGAGUGAUGUCGUCGGCACCCAGCCCGUAGCUAGCAAUCCUGGAAUUCAAACGGGCGGGACAGGAAAAUUACCUUUGGUAUCCGACACCGCUUCCAUUAUUUCCAGCAUCCAAGUAUCACCCACCAGCGUAAAGACCAAUCCCGAUGUGACCACUGUAAUUUCCAGCCCGACUAUAACUCCAACAACUAUCAAGCCUUCACCGGGCCAAACCACUAUCGCUCCCGUUGUAUUCAAUUCUCUAACUCUCAGUCAAGGAAGCUCUAACUUCGUAGUCGGGUCACAAACCAUAAAACCCGGUUCCGAAGCCACGGUAAGUGGUGAACGUAUCUCCAUCGCUCCAUCCGGCUCUGCAGUCAUCAUCAAUGGCGUAACUACAAGCACUACGCCCACGCCCACUCCAUCCAAUGGUGCCAAGGCCGUUCUGUCAACCACCACUGAACCGCUCCCUGGUGUCGUUGUCGUCGGAACAUCUAGUGUAACAGCCGAUUUCACGAAAUCCAAUUUCGUCAUUGGAAGCGCCACUUUGACUCCCGGAGGUGCGAUUACGCAGGGAAGUACUAUUAUUACUCUUCCCCCUAGUAGUACUACCUCUCUUCCUUCAAACGUCGUGGUAAUUGGAUCUUCGACCUUUACUAAAAAUUCCGCCUCUGGAGUUGUAAUCGGUAGUCAAACCUUGAAACCUGGCUCAAUUAUUACAGUCGAUGGAUCUACUGUUUCUUUAUCACCUACUGGAAAUGCGGUGGUGGUCAAUGCAAAUAGUGGAUUUGUAACAAGUACUGCUUCUUUGCAAAGUGUAGUUCCGUUGAACAGCUUGGUCAUUGGGGGACAAACGCUUACGGCUGGAGGAACAGUGACGGAGGGUGGAGAUAUAUUAAGUUUGGCUGCGGGAGGAACAGGGAUUGUGGUCGUAGGGACUAUGACUGUGGGUGCUGGAGGAGCAGCAGAGACGGCGAAGAAGAAGAGUGCGGGUGUGAGGAUGAGUCUUGGUGGAUGGGGAUUACUGUAUUUACAGGUUUCUUUUGUACUUUUGGGGUUGUUGAUGUGA